AAGAAAUAACAAAUUCAAUUAAAACAAAUAAUGAGAUAAAAAAUCUUAUAGAUGAUUCAAUUUUAAACCAGGAUGAUAAAAAUGAAUUACACAAUCUUAGAAAACAGAAAUUAUAUGAAAAAAUAUUUAAUGAAAUUGAAAGAGAAGAAAAGAUUUCUGAUUUAUUUGAAAAUAAUAAAUUUGACAAGUUGAUACAAGAUUCAGAUUUAAUAAAUCAACAAAAAAAAAUUUUACAGAACAAUAGAAAUAGACGAUUAAAUCUAUUACAAGUAAAUCUUUUUGAAUAUUAUAAAAAAACUAUUCAACAAACUAUCAUAGUAUCUAUUUUACAAGAAUUACAUAAAGAGAUAUCAAAAUCAAACAUAUCAGCUAAUAACAAAUUGAUACUAUAUGAUUUGAUAAAAGAAAAAAUUGAUACGUUUAGACAAGAAGAAGA